CGAUAAACCUGGAGGAACGCAAAGCAAGACACCAAAGGGUCAGGAUGGCCGAGGACCCCGUUCCAGAUUUGGAGGAGUCGAAAGAGAGCUCCUCAAAUGAGCUGAUUCCAAUCGGCGUGAAAAUCCUCGAAGUGAUUCUAGCCGUCUUUGCGAUCGGGCUGAUCGUUGAUCCGUUCAACUCGUUUCACAGGAUUGGCAACAAAACUCUAAUGAAAUUGGACGAUGUCGGUAUAAUCUAUGUCCCGAUAGCCGGAUAUAUCUUGAUCAACAUGAUCAUCAUUGUCGGAUACCUUAUGGGUGAUCGUAUACCAAAGAAAACGGCUGUCUUAUUUCCCGCGGUUGGUGCCUUCCUUUUCGUCGUUGCCGGAAGCGUGAUAGUUCACAACUGGCGAAAGUUUCGUGGAAACUACGUCGAUGUGUCCAACAACGCUACCUUCGCCAGCAAGCAGUACAUGGAUAUGCUGAUAUCGGGGGCGGUAUUCGUCUUCAUCGACGCAGCGGUCUUCGCCCUCGACGUUUACAUCACUCACCAGUAUUUGUAGAGCGAUCAAUGAACAACGUCAGCAAACAAAGAAGAAGAUGACGAAAGAAAAAAGAUUUCGGUUAUACACUUCAAUAUUCAACGUUACACACGGACGUUGACGUAACAUAAAGAGACUCGAGUUUUAUACAUAAAACAUAUCGUCUCAGACGACGACGAGCAUUGGCCAAAAACGCCAAAGAUUUUUUUUUUUUUCUUAUCCGUUUAUACCUCUAAAUUAGUCCGUUUUUCAGUAUAAUUAAUGAAUUAAUUAAUGUAUUAAAUAGCUUGUAGGUGUACAAUUUAUAAUUAAUUUCCAGUGUUCAAAAUCGUUUUUCCUCUUAUUAUCACUAAUCUGUUCAUCAAUUGUUAUUUAUUAAUAAUAUAGGUUUGUUAGUUACCAUAAUUCAGAGUUAUCACACACGUUAUAUUGCCUUAUCCCUGCAUCAUGCUGUUACACGUAUAAGCCGUAAAUUUCAUACGACAUAUUUCACUUGGAAUGUUUCAGCAGUUUUAACAACAACCGAUAACUAGUCCAUAACUGUAAUAAUUGUUCGCUGUGCGCCAUAUACUUUCAACUCUAUACAACAGAUGUACGUAUCAAUCGUAGUUAUUAAUAUAUUUUACAUGUUUCAUUUUCACGUCGCUAGUUUUCGCAUCGAGCUCACAUAGUACAACUGCAGUGGACGGAUAACCAUAAAGAAAGUCGAUGCACUUUUGAACAUUGAGUAUCCCGAGCUAUUUGGACUUAAUUCCCUCGCCUUUUCAGAACUCGUGUUAAAAAACGAAAUUCGUCACGUUUUAAACGAAACGAAAAUUCGAGCACUGAAAUGUUGAUAGAUUCGAUUUAAUAUAAGAAAAUAUGAUUCGAUCAUUUACUUAUACAGGUAUAUUAUUAUUACAACGUAGCACGUUCAACAAUUUCGUCCAAAUUCUAUAACGGUAUGCCCAAUUGUGCCUUACGUUAAGGGUCGGAAUAUGUUCCACUGUUCAACGACGUACUGAAAAUGCAUGAUAAUUAUCUACUAAUGUUUGAAUCUGUAUGUAUUUAUACUACAGAUUGUAUCUCGAUUAUUACAAGACCUACAACGCGCUAUAAUACAUAUAUUAUACAAUAUACAUACAUAUAUAUAUAUAUAUAUAUAUAUAUAUCAUAUUUUACAUAAUACCUACUGUAGAUAUUUGUAUACCCACGCGUUUAUAAAUAAAAUUUUAAUGAAAA